UAUAUUUUUUUAAAUAGGUAAUUUCAUGUUCCCAAAAUGGGACAUAAAGUGGUUGUAUUCGACAUUUCUGUCGUCAGAGCCAUGUGGGAAACUCGUGUCAAGAAGCACAAAGCUUGGCAGAAGAAGGAGGCAGAAAGGCUCGAGAAAAGUGCACUGGAAAAGAUAAAGGAGGAGUGGAAUUUCGUGGCCGAGUGCAGGAGGAAGGGCAUCCCCCAGGCUGCGUACUGCAAGAAUGGCUUCGUAGACACCAGCGUGAGGCUCCUGGAAAAGAUCGAAAGGAACUCUCUCGCGAGGCAGAGUUCCCUUUCCAAGGAGAGGGACAAACGGAGCAGCCCGUUUGUGUUUGAACUUUCGGGGGAGCACUGGAAGGAGCUCCCAGAUGAGCUGAAGGAGCAGACGCACCUGAAAGAAUGGCACAUAAACAAUACCCUGAUUCAAAUCAUUCCUACGUAUAUUGAGCUGUUCCAAGCGAUGAGAAUUCUAGAUCUGCCUCAAAACCAAAUAUCCCGUCUUCCAGCUGAAAUUGGUCGUUUGAAGAACCUGAAAGAACUCAAUGUGAGUUUCAACCGUCUGAAGAGCAUUCCUCUAGAACUGGGAGAUUGUGAACAGCUAGAGAAACUGGAUUGUUCUGGAAAUCUAGAAUUAACAGAGCUCCCCUUUGAAUUAAGUAAUUUGAAGCAAGUUACAUUUGUAGAUAUCUCAGCAAACAAGUUUUCCAGUGUCCCGAUCUGUGUCCUGCGGAUGUCUAAUUUGCAGUGGCUGGACAUCAGCAACAAUAACCUGAAUGACCUGCCACAAGAUAUAGACAGGCUAGAAGAACUGCAGACCUUUCUCUUGUAUAAGAACAAGUUGACCUAUCUUCCCUAUGUCUUGCUUAACCUAAAGAAGCUCACCUUACUGGUCGUCAGCGGGGACCAUCUGGUGGAGCUCCCGACAGCCCUUUGUGAGUCAACCACUUUAAAAUUUGUCAGCCUUAAGGACAAUCCUAUUGAUAAUACCCAGUGUCAAGAUGGUGAUGAAGUGAUGGAAAGUGAACGAGAUCGUCAACACUUUGAUAAAGAAUUUAUGAAAGCCUAUAUUGAAGAUAUUAAAGAAAGAGAUUCGGUUCCCAGCUAUACCACCAAAGUAUCUUUUAGCCUUCAGCUUUGAUACCAUCCAUCAGAAGCCUGCAGAAUCUCGCUACGCUGUGGAGCUGUAAAUCUUCACAUUGUGGGUCAUGUCAUGUAGAAAUAAUGGCUUGUGCUUAAGGACAGAGUCUAGAAACCAUGGUCAUAGUUGUUAGCAAAAAUGAUUUUCAGAUUUCAGAUAUAUGAAUACCUCUCUCUGUGGACUGGAGAAUUGAUAAAUGGGUUUAUAUAUUGAUAUUUACAGGUUCAUUUGUAUACACUCUUUCCAAAUAAUACACAUUUAUAUUUUAGAAAAUAUAUUAUUUUUUUAAAUUAUAACUUAAAGACCAAAUU